CCCUAUUAGUCCUAUCACUGGAAUUCCUCACUGUGCUGUAUAACAUUCACUAAUAUACAUCAGUGAUUAAACUCUUGUUUUUAGGGGUAUAUAUACCUUGAUUUUCUCCCCACUGUUCCUCUUCUCACACAUCUCUCUACCUAUCUUGAUUUUUGAUAUCCUGCUCGCUUGAUUCCAUAUGAUAUCUAUCUAUCUUUGAUAUCAUCGAACAACAAGAAUACAUUCACAGAUCAAACACAAAAUGGCACCCAUCGCCAUCUCCCCAGAACCCGUCCCCGUCACCAAAAGGGAUGGCCACGCUCUCGAAGACCUCUCUGACGCCAUUGACGAUGUCAACGUCUUCAAAGCAGCGCUGAACAAGAACCCAGAGGGAAAAGACAUAUACAACGCCUCCGAAUUCGACAAAAACAAAGACAAAACCCAGUUCCGCCAGUACGAGAACGCCUGCGACCGCGUGAAAUCUUUUUAUCGAGAGCAGCAUUUGAAGCAGACCGUGGCUUACAAUCUCAAAGCGCGCAAUGAUUUUCGCUCGAAGGUCCGCGCCCAUAUGACUAUAUGGGAGGCGAUCGAGAAGCUCAAUACUCUGAUUGACGAGAGCGACCCCGACACCAGCCUCUCCCAGAUUGAGCAUCUCGUUCAGUCGGCUGAGGCCAUCCGCCGCGAUGGCAAACCCCGUUGGAUGCAGCUGACGGGGCUGAUCCAUGACCUGGGCAAGCUUCUCUACUUCUUCGACGCGCAGGGACAGUGGGACGUUGUGGGCGAUACUUUCCCUGUUGGUAUCGCGUACGACGAGAGAAUUAUCUACGGACGGGACUCGUUUAAAAACAACGAGGAUUAUGGGCACCCAAUCUAUGAUACCAAAUUUGGUAUCUACAGCCCCGGAUGCGGGUUGGAUAAUGUGAUGAUUUCCUGGGGCCACGACGAGUACCUCUACCACGUUGUGAAGAACCAGUCAACCCUGCCGGACGAGGCGCUCGCGAUGAUCCGCUACCAUAGCUUCUACCCCUGGCACAAGGAGGGGGCCUACCGCGAGCUGAUGGACGAUCACGACGAGAAGAUGCUCAAAGCUGUGCAGGCUUUUAACCCUUACGACUUGUACAGCAAAAGCGACGAGGUGCCGAGCGUGGAGGAGCUCAAGCCUUAUUAUCUGGAGUUGAUUGAUGAGUUCUUCCCGACCAAGGUGCUGAAGUGGUGAACAUUCACUACUACUUCUCUCUUGGAUGAAAUUCUCUUGGAUGGAUCUUUCUUGGAUUUAUCUUCCUUGGGCUUGACACUGCAAUUUGGCUUGUAAAACAGUGGAGGCUUCUUUGUUUUCUUGUUUUCUUGGUUUUUAUUUUUUCUUUUUUUCUAUCCUAUGUACACUGUCACCCCAUCUUCAUGUCCCCUCCAAUUUGUCACGACUCCACGAAUAUCACGACUUAACGAAUCCAAAUAU